UUAAUUUCAAUCAUGGCGUCGCUCGAAUUCACCUCUACAUGGGCCGUCGCGACCGUUUGCUUAGCACUGAUCAGCGUCGGCAUCCUUGUAGAACAUGGCUUCCAUCAUCUAGCUAAGUGUCUCAAAAAGAGGAGGAGGAAGUCAUUAAUCCAAGCUCUUUCCCGGAUAGAAUCAGAGCUGAUGCAGUUAGGCUUUGUAUCUUUGCUGCUGACUGUUGCACAACAACCGAUCUCGAAGAUUUGCAUACCAACGAGCCUAGGAGACACAUUCCUUCCAUGUAAGGAUGCCCCUUCGAGCAAUGCCGCAGCUACGAACUCGGCCUCGGCCUUGGAGGGAUCCCCGUGCCAAGAGGAGGGGAAGGUAUCUCUGGUCUCUAGUGGAGGCAUCAAUGAGCUCCAGACGUUGAUCUUUUCCUUAGCCCUCUCUCAUGUACUCUCUUGCCUACUGACCAUGGCCUUGGGAUCGGCCAAGAUGAAGAAAUGGGAGUCUUGGGAAGAAGAAACACGAAGCCUCGAGUAUCAAGUUUCUUAUGAUUCACGAAGAUUUAAGCUCAGGCGCCAAACAAGCUUUGGAAGGCGGCAUUUGAGAUUUUGGAGCAAUCACAGAUUGCUUCGUUGGCCUGUCUGCUUCCUCCGGCAGUUUAUGGGAUCAGUCAGCAAAGCCGACUAUUUUGCACUCCGUCGUGGAUUUAUGGCUGCCCAUUUUUCUAAAAAGAGCAAGUUUAAUUUUCACAAGUUUCUUAAGAGAGCAUUGGAUGAGGACAUUGUCAUGGUGGUGGGAACGAGUGUUUGGGUCUGGACAUUUGCAUUUCUUUUCAUCUUCUUUAAUGCUCGGAGUUUCUAUAACUAUUUUUGGCUGCCCUUUAUUCCCCUAGUGGUACUUCUGGCCGUGGGAACAAAGCUGGAAGAUAUCAUCACUAUAAUGUGUCUGGAAAGCAGUGAACAGUCUGCUGUUGUGGUAGGAUCCUUGCUGGUGAAGCCCAAAAACGAUCUCUUCUGGUUUGGCCGCCCUCAGUUGGUUCUCCAUCUCAUCCAUUUCAUCCUAUUUCAAAAUUCCUUUCAGCUGGCGUUCUUUGCAUGGACAUGGUACAAGUUUGGAUGGAGAUCUUGCUUUCACAGAGAGAAUGUCGACAUCGUCCUAACCAUAAUCAUCGGGAUACUAGUUCAAUUCUUAUGUGGUUAUGUAGCCCUGCCUCUAUAUGCAUUAGUCUCACAGAUGGGUACGUUGAUGCGCAAAGCAGUGUUCACCGAACGCGUCGUUAGGGGUCUGAAGAACUGGCACAAGAUUGCAAGCCAAAAUUUGGCACCCCAAGCAUCUGGAUCGCCUAAUCCGACUGCUCGAUCAAGCUCUCACAGUAUUGACAAUGCCUCCCCUACGGUGCCCUCACCAUUAGAAGCUGAUGCGCAUGAAGCUAGCUUCCUUGAGUUUGUUAGCAGACAAAGGGGCACAGGGCUUGUGGGGGAGAUAGUGGAAGAAGAGAUCAUACCUGGUACCAGCAAUAGGGUAGCUUAUGAUGGUGAGAUCUCUUUUCAGUGGUUGAAUGAGAGAGAGAAUUAGUUGGGAGGGUGUUUUUGUUGUUAAAGAGCUUCUUGAGCUCGGUGAUCCUCUAAAUUUCACAAUUUAGUUGAUUAGACAUAUUGGUUAACCUUAGCAUCAUAUCUGAAAUAUUCCUUUGUACAUAAAGAAUAUAUUAGACCUUGACUCAAUUGGCUUGUAACUUAUCAGUUGUGGACUUAUACCUUACUGCUUAUA